AUGAAUGUCAUGAAUGGGGAAGGUGAUUUAGGAAUUAGCAAAUCCUUAAAUGAAUUAACAGAUAAGAAUGACAAUAAUGGUGAUAAAAUUUAUGGUAUUAUUCCUUAUAUGACUCCAGAGGUUUUUCAUGAACAAGAUUUUACUACAGCCUUAAAUAUCUAUAGUCUUAGUAUGAUUAUAUGGGAGUUAAUGACGGGUAGAAGGCCUUUUUGGGAUCAAGAUCAUGAUACAGAACUUAUCAUUAGAAUAUGUAAUAACAUUCGACCUCCAAUUGUUACAAAUGCACCUAAAGGUUAUAUUAAAUUAAUGAAAAAAUGUUGGCAUCCUGAUCCAAAUAAAAGGCCAACCGCUAAUUAUUUAAAAGAAGUGGUUGAUAGCAUGGUAUCUAUUGAAUUUAAUAAUUUAUAUAAUGGGAAACCAUUUGUUGAUUAUCAAAAACAUAAUCUGUCUUAUAAUGAUAAAAGUAAUUUUACUGAUGAUUUAAAUGACAAAAACCAAGGAAAUAAAGAAAGUAGAUUGUCUGAUUAUGACUAUAUAACAAAAGAAUUGGAAAUAGAUAUUAAUGCGAAUAUUGUGAAUAUUAAUGAAUCUAAUGAAGAAUAUUUAUCCAGGGAAAUUGAUAUUGAUAUUAAUUUAAAUCUAAGGGAAUUUA